CUGCUUUUAUUUCACCUCUCUUGCUUUUGUCUAGGUGGCGCCUCUAACCUUGGUCUCCUAGCUAGUGGCUUCUAUGACCGUCCAAUUGUAUCUUCAUCGGGCUCCGAUGGUUUUAUCGUGAAUCAAAAGUCCGAAAAUCAUAACGGGGCGAACGUUAUUUCAUUCUUAAGUGAUCGAGAAACUGCGGUUCUAGUAGAAAAUGUGGCUCAAAACGUCAAUUCAAUCAAUAUAGAAAGUAGUAAUAGUAGUAGCAUCAGUGAUCAUAGCAAGAGAGCUGUUCUUGGACAUGCUAACCUCAAGGCCUCUCUACCACUCUCCUGCAAGUCGACUGGGCCUGUUCCCAUGUCGCAUCAAUCGCUAGCACCUGCUGUACCCGGUAUGUGUUAG